UCCCCCAGGUGUGCCAGUGUCAGGCCGGCCCCGCGCGGCGCACUCCUCCCCAGCCCCUCCGGGCGGCCCCAUUGCUCGCCGAGCGGCCGCGGAAGGAGCCCGACGCGGACACUCUCGGCUGCUGCUGAGGACACGGAGCGGGCCGGGCUAUGGCGCGGGGCCCGGCGGCGGGCGGGCUGGAGGCGCUGCUGCUCCUCACGAUCUGUUUGAACUUUGGAAAUGGAAUUCACUUAGAGGUUUUUAAUCAAGGUGGCAAAAUGGAUCAUCUGUCUAAUCAGAAUAGCAAAAUCAGACAAAAGAGAGAAUGGAUUGUUCCACCUGCUACAGUUUCAGAAGAGGACGACAGUUUGAAAAUUAAUCCAAUUGCUAGAAUAAGUUCUGAUCAUGCAAGUGAUCCAGGGGUGACAAUUACUUACCUAAUCUCUGGCCAAGGAGUGACAGAACCACCUUAUAAAUUGUUUAUCAUCAAUGGAAAAACUGGAGAACUGAACAUAACAAGAAAAGUUGACCGAGAACAACAUUCAAUGUUCUAUCUUAAAGCUUAUGCACUUGAUCAGAAUGGAAAAAAUAUGGAAAAGCCACUAGACCUGAGAAUUAAAGUUAACGAUAUAAAUGACAAUUACCCCAUAUUUUCAGAGGAAGUUUUUUUUGGCUCUGUUGAAGAGUUAAGUGAAACAGCCACAUUUGUGAUGAGGAUAAAUGCAACAGAUGCAGAUGAACCGAACAAUCUAAAUUCAAAAAUUGCUUUCAAGAUUCUUUCUGAAAAGCCUUAUGAGCCUUCUGCAUUCCAUAUUAAAAAAAACACGGGUGAGAUUAUAACAGCAACGUUUAACCUUGACAGAGAGGAACAAAGUAACUACAUUUUGACUGUAGAAGCCAGGGACAGAAAUGGAGACCGAAAUGGGCUAGCUAAAACCUGUACUGUAAAAAUCAAGAUUUUGGAUGUCAAUGAUAAUCUGCCCAUUCUUGAAAGGGAGACAUAUGAAGGCAGUGUCGAGGAAAAUAGAGCAAAUGUGGAAAUUAUACGAAUGAAAGCAUUUGACAAAGAUGAAAUAUUCUCUGAUAAUUGGCUGGCAAACUUUUCAAUUGUCUCUGGGAAUGAAGGAGGUUAUUUCCAUAUAGAGACAGAUACUCAAACAAAUGAAGGAGUUUUGACUCUUGUGAAGGAGCUCAAUUAUGAGGAAAUUCAAAGCAUGAGCUUGGGCAUUGUUGUUACAAAUAAAGCAGCAUUUCACAAGUCAAUUCAGAAUAGCUACAAAGCAAAAUCGAUUCCAGUCACAGUUAAGGUGAAAAAUGUGCUAGAAGGCCCUGUAUUCAAACCCCACACAAUGGUGAUUAAGACAAGUGAGAUUAUAAAAAUAAACCAAAUUAUUGGGACAUUUCAAGCCUAUGAUGAAGACUCUUCAAAAGUAGCAGAAAAUGUCAAAUACCUCAAAGGAUAUGAUAAAGAUAAUUGGAUCAUGAUAGAUUCCUCCUCAGCUGAAAUCAAGUUUGUAAAAGUACCUGAUUAUGAAUCCAUUUAUGUAAAUAAUGGUACCUACACUGUCACCAUUCUUGCCAUAACUCAAGAUUACUCUAAGAAAACAGCCACUGGCACUAUUGUAAUUAAGGUUGAGGAUAUCAAUGAUAAUUGUCCAAUCAUUUUGACUCCAGCACAAACAGUUUGUUCAGACGCAAAGUUCUUCAGUUUUACAGCUGAGGAUCGAGAUGCUUACCCAAACAGUGCUCCCUUCACAUUUACUGUCAUUGAUGAGCCUGAAGGGACAGCAAAGAAAUGGCUGAUUGAAGGCGUAAAUGAAACAAGCAUUCAUCUGUUACUACCAGAAGAUAUAAAGCCUAGCACAAAUCAAGUUCAAAUGUUAGUGAAAGAUAUGCAAGGUCUAAGCUGUGCUGAAAAGCAGAUCCUUACAUUGAGUGUUUGUACGUGUGUGGAUGGGGGUUCCUGCCAAGACAGACUCAUCAACUCUUCAGUUGGGCUGGGAGCUGGAGCAAUUGCAGUAAUUAUCCUGGCAAUUUUAUUAUUGCUACUUGUACCACUCCUAUUGCUGUUGUGCCGUCAUGGAUCAGGUGCUAAAGGAUUUACAGCAAUACCUGACAAUAGUGAAGAGAUAUUACGUAAAUGGAACAAUGAAGGGGCAGUACCUGAAAACAAGGCACCCCUAAGCUUCAUUGCUCCCCCCCCAUUGAGCAUUUCAGAAGCAAAGGGACGCAGUGGAGGAGCAGCAGUAGAGGCAGUUGGAUCAGGAGGAAGCAGUUCUGUAUCCCAUAUCAAAGAACACCAUGCUAAUUCUAUCAUCAAUAGGAGAUGGGAAGAGCAAAGAUUCCUUUCUGGUGCAGACUAUGGAGCUGGCGGGGCCACAAGGAUGGGCGCUGGCGGGGCCACAACGAUGGGCGCUGGCAGGGCCACGAUGAUGGGACCUGGCGGGGUCACGCCAAUGGGAGCUGGAGGAACCAUGGCGAUGGGACCUGGCGGGGUCACAACAAUGGGAGCUGGAGGAACCACGGCGAUGGGAAUUGAAGGGGCCAUAAAUGAAGAAUUUUUGAGAGAUUACUUCAAUGACAAAGCUGACACUUUUGCUGGUGAAGAUGAAGCUCAGCUAGCGAAAGACUGUCUCUUGCUUUACUGUCAGGAAGAAGGAGACUCCCCACCUGGGUCUAUUGGCUGCUGCAGCUUUAUUGAGGAUGACUUGGAUGACCGUUUUCUGGAUGAUUUAGGAGAUAAAUUUAAGACCCUAGCAGAUAUCUGCCUGGGCAAACGUGCAGAGGUGGAAGUCAGCCAGCAUAGUUCCCAUGUGUUGAAAGACAGGAAUGCUAGGCCAGCAGUAAAUGAGUCAGGUUUGCAUCUUAACAAUGCCUUGCCACAAUUUUUAGAUCAGCAAAGUGCUUUCAAUUCAGAACAUACCUAUUCUUUCGACCCUAGCUUCCAACCACCUGAGCCUGUGCAUAGAGUAAAUGGUGUAGGUUCAGAAACUGUGACACGGAAGGCAUUCACUGAAACACCU